GCCAUCGAAUUUUUAAUAAUUAUAUCUGACGGCUUAAAUUUGAAAACACGGGGUCCCACCGUGGUUCUCUCUUUUGAGGUACCCACGCAAGAAUUGGCCCUGAAACCCUAACUAAAGCAUCAACCUCAGUCGUCAUUGCCGUCGCACGGUGAGACUCGCACCAACACCAGCACUUCAAAGAAGACAGAAUCAAGCAGAACUUGGAGUUGGAGAGAGAGAAUUCCGACCCUAAUUGUAAAAUGGAGGACGAGACAGAGACUAUGGUGGAGAAGAGGGAGAUAAUCAACAACGUAAUGUGUCUUUUGACAGACCCUGAUGGAACUCCUUUGGGUGCUCCUAUGUACCUACCUCAGAAUGCUGGUCCUCAACACCUCAUCCAGAUUGUUAAUAAGCUUCUAAACAAUGAGGAGAAAUUGCCGUAUUCUUUCUAUAUAUCAGAUGAGGAGCUCCUCGUGCCACUUGAAACAUACUUGUUGAAAAACAAAGCCUCGGUGGAGAAGGCAUUGCCUAUAGUUUGUCAACCUCAAGCUAUUUUCCGGAUUCGUCCUGUGAAUCGCUGUACGGCAACUAUUUCUGGUCAUGCUGAAGCUGUACUAAGUGUUGCCUUCAGUCCUGAUGGGCGACAACUGGCAAGUGGUUCUGGUGAUACUGCUGUUCGAUUUUGGGACUUGACCACUCAGACACCAUUGUACACUUGCACAGGACACAAGAAUUGGGUCCUUAGUAUUGCAUGGUCACCAGAUGGAAAGUAUCUUGUAAGUGGGAGCAAGACUGGAGAACUUAUUUGUUGGGACCCACAAACUGGAAAGUCAUUAGGCAAUCCACUAAUCGGCCACAAGAAAUGGAUUACUGGUAUCUCUUGGGAACCUGUCCACCUGAAUGCUCCAUGCCGUCGCUUUGUAAGUGCCAGCAAAGAUGGGGAUGCUCGUAUAUGGGAUGUUUCUUUAAAGAAAUGUGUUAUGUGUCUCAGUGGCCACACACUUGCAAUAACAUGUGUAAAAUGGGGUGGAGACGGCGUGAUUUAUACUGGCUCGCAGGAUUGUACAAUUAAAGUCUGGGAAACCACACAAGGGAAGCUAAUCCGUGAAUUGAGGGGACAUGGCCAUUGGGUUAAUUCGUUGGCAUUGAGCACUGAGUAUGUUCUUCGCACUGGAGCUUUUGAUCAUACUGGAAAACAGUAUUCAUCUCCAGAGGAAAUGAAGAAGGUUGCUCUUGAAAGGUAUCAAGCAAUGAGAGGCAAUGCCCCUGAAAGAUUGGUCUCUGGAUCUGAUGAUUUCACUAUGUUCCUUUGGGAACCUUUCAUCAACAAGCACCCCAAAACUCGCAUGACAGGUCAUCAGCAGCUUGUGAACCAUGUCUAUUUUUCACCUGAUGGGCAAUGGGUGGCAAGUGCAUCUUUUGAUAAAUCUGUGAAGUUAUGGAAUGGCACCACAGGGAAAUUUGUUACUGCCUUCCGUGGUCAUGUUGGGCCUGUUUACCAGAUCAGCUGGUCUGCGGACAGUAGACUUCUUUUAAGCGGCAGCAAAGAUUCAACACUUAAGGUUUGGGAUAUUCGAACUCGUAAGUUGAAGCAAGAUCUUCCUGGUCAUGCUGAUGAAGUUUUUUCUGUCGAUUGGAGUCCAGAUGGAGAGAAGGUAGCCUCUGGUGGUAAGGAUAAAGUGUUGAAGUUGUGGAUGGGCUAGGCUAAUUUUUGGAUGAAUAUUGCAUAGGGUUCAUUAGUAUGAACUCAGAAAUUUUUGGGCAUUUUGACCCAGGAUGAUUUUUUGUUGUCCCUGUCACUAUAGUAGUGUUUAAAUGGAGUAUUUUAAUUUAAGAUGGAAGAAAAUUAAGUUGUGUCUACUUAGUUCUUUUCAUUUUAUAAAAUUGUGUUUGGAUUGUUAUUUGUUAAA